CUCUCCACUCGGACAGUAGACCUAUAUCGAACUCGGGGAAUAUACGGAACAGUCAAGGCAAAUAUAGAGACAUCGUUAUGCUGUUGGCUGCCGAGGCUCUGUUUUUUAACCUGCCGCCUGGACUCGCUCUAGUGCUAUGGCUCAUUGUUAUUGGGAAUGUAUAUCUUAUUUCAAUCCCAAUCUAUAAUGUCUGGUUCCAUCCCCUUCGAAAGUACCCAGGCCCUAGGCUAUGGGCCGCAACUCGGAUCCCAUACACGCGUAUGAUCUUCUCUGGCAUGUCUCACCGGAAAAUCCUCGAAUUACAUCAGCAUUAUGGAGAUAUUGUGCGUGUGGCGCCUGACGAGCUGGCCUACUGCAAUGGUGCUGCCUGGAAUGAUAUCAUGGGCCACCGAAAACGCGGCCAGGGAGAGAACGGCAAAGAUCCAAUCUUCUGGAGGACACAGCAGCACAGUGUAAUCAGCGCCGAUCGCGAAAACCAUACGCGAAUGAGAAGAACAUUGGCUCAUGGUUUCUCAGCCCAAGCAAUGUUGGAUCAGCAACCUCUUAUACAAGGCUAUGUCGACAUGUUGAUUAACCGACUGCGAGAGACCUGUGACGAUGGCAAUCAGCCUAUGGAGAUGACAUCUUGGUAUAACUGGACGACGUUUGACAUCAUCGGCGACUUGGCCUUUGGAGAACCAUUCGGUUGCCUGCAAAACUCUGACUACCACCCUUGGGUAUCACUAGUAUUCCAAAGAAUUCGCGGAGGCGCAAUCAACAACGCUCUGCGCCGGUUUCCCUUUGGGGAAAGACUGAUACAAUUUCUUAUUCCAAAGGAAGCACGCAAAAAGUUUCAUGCGCACUUUCAACUCACACAAGAGAAGGUCAAUAAAAGAUUGGCUGACACUAACCCACGACCAGAUUUUAUGGAAGUUAUGACGAAAAGGGAGGGAGACAUGAAAUUCUCUUAUCCAGAGCUUGUGGACAAUGCAAGUCUACUUAUUAUUGCCGGAUCGGAAACAACUGCAACGACCUUAUCUGGAGUCACCUAUAUGCUACUGACCCACCAGGAAAUCUUGCAAAAGACGAUAGACGAAGUGCGAUCGAGCUUUUCAAGCGAAGCUGAGAUUGAUCUUCUCAGCGUGCAGAAGCUGGGCUAUAUGAUGGCCGUGCUACAAGAAACGCUUCGCAUGUAUCCUCCUGUCCCAGCUACCAUACCACGCAAAGCGCAGCCUGGUGGCGAUAUGAUAUGCGGACAGUACGUUCCAGAAAACACCAUUUUGGGCAUUUGGCAAUGGCCAACGUAUCACAGUGAAAAGAAUUUCACCUUGCCUGAUUCCUUUAUUCCGGAACGAUGGCUGGGCGAUGCCCGGUUUUCGAAUGAUUGCCAAGAAGCGCUUCAGCCAUUUUCAUAUGGACCAAGAAAUUGCAUUGGGAAGAAUCUUGCAUAUGCCGAAAUGCGCUUAAUUUUGGCAAAGAUCUUGUGGAACUUCGACAUCAGCCUUCAUCCUGAUAGUAAAAAUUGGUAUGAGGAACACAAGGCUUACACGCUCUGGCAAAAACCAGAUCUUAAUAUUUAUAUAAAACCAAGAGUAAUUGUAUAGUGCAUGGACAUUGCACGGUCUAUGCUGCUGUGGAAAUUAAUUUGUCUUAUGUACAAGCAAUGGUUUGCUCUUUUCAUGAAGACGUUUUUAAUCUAAAUAUUUAGGGCUUCACUUGAUUCCAUAUCUUGUAUUAUAUCAGAGAAUACUUUCCAGUAUUCAAGCUACUUGUAAUAAAGAGUCUGGUGGUAUUAUGAGUGCUGUCAGUUGGCCGUGAAAGAUUAUAUGAAGUCAUAUCUAUAGACCUUGCUAGCAUAGCGGCGCCAUCGCAGCUUACUUAAAUACAAAUAGUCACCAG